CAAAUAAAAACGUCAGGAAACCGGAUGUCAACCUCUUGACUUGAUAUUGCGCAUGCGCACGUCUCUCGUGUGUUCGACCUCUACUACAGACAGACUUCUGACACUGAAUCAACGCCAGCUCCUUAGCUUGACCUGACCACUACUCAUCAUAAUGUAUGCCUGUGCUAAAUUCGUCUCCACGCCCUCUCUGGUCCGUGCUGGAUCUCGGGCACUGUGCAGACCACUCUCUGCAGCGCUUGGCACAGAUGCCAGGAAAGCAGAGACUGCCUCCCUCCUGGCCCCUCAGAGCAGCGUAGCCUCCCAGCAGCAGAUGGCAGUGCGGGCGUUCCAGACCAGCGCUGUGAGCCGUGACAUCGACACUGCUGCAAAGUUCAUUGGAGCAGGAGCUGCCACUGUGGGCGUAGCUGGAUCUGGAGCUGGAAUUGGAACAGUGUUCGGUAGUCUUAUUAUCGGAUAUGCCAGGAACCCCUCUCUGAAGCAGCAGCUGUUCUCUUACGCCAUCUUGGGCUUCGCUCUGUCUGAAGCUAUGGGUCUCUUCUGUCUGAUGGUUGCAUUCCUUAUUCUGUUUGCAAUGUAAAGCAGUUAAGCAUUUACUGCAAAGGGAUACAUCAUAAUGUUAAUAACAAUUAGCAGCUUGAGUUGCUCUUGAACGGUACGAUAAUGUCAGCUUAUCGCGUUGCCUAUUUUUGUUCAUUGGUGCUUCUUAAGGUUGUGAACUCACUGAUGUAAGAAACUCUGGCAAAACAAAAUCAUUGUAAAUGAUGGGUUUUGCCAUGAUAUUGUAUAUUUAAUAAAAAAUGUUUGUGUUAAACAUUCAACCAACACCUGAA